AUGCUAUCAGUUUUACGACGGACUCUUGUCCAACAAACUAGAGGAUUUGCUACAAGCAACAUCGCUGUUGCUGGCUUCACCGGUGCAGUGGGAAACACACCAUUGAUUUAUCUUAAGACACUCUCGGAGCAGACGGGAUGCAAGAUAUACGGGAAGGCUGAAUUCCAAAACCCUGGAGGAAGCAUUAAAGACCGUGCUGCUGUUGGCAUAGUCCUGGACGCGGAGGAGAAGGGUCGCAUACAACCUGGUGGAACCGUUGUUGAGGGUACUGCAGGUAACACCGGUAUUGGUCUUGCCCAUGUCUGCAGAGCCAGAGGCUACAAGUGUGUUAUAUUCAUGCCCAACACUCAAAGCCAAGAAAAGAUUGACCUUCUGCAAAUGCUCGGCGCCGAAGUGCACCCAGUAGCCGCAGUCCCCUACGAGAACCCGCUGAACUAUAACCACCAGGCGAAGGAGUACGCCAACAAGCUCGAGAAUGCUAUAUGGACAGACCAAUUCGAUAAUACCGCCAAUGCAUACGCGCACUAUAUCUCUACCGGGCCGGAAAUCUGGGAACAGACGCAGGGUGAGAUCGACGGUUUCGUUUGCGCGACCGGUACAGGUGGUACUCUGGCUGGUGUUGGCAAGUAUCUGAAGGAGAAGAGCGCCAAGACGCAGAUAUGGCUCGCCGACCCACCCGGCAGUGUCUUGUAUAAAUACAUCUCUUCUGGUGGAAAGCUCGUCGAUCGUUCCGGAAGUUCUAUCACAGAAGGUAUCGGUCAGGGCCGUGUCACAAAUAACUUGGGCACUUUUAUCAAUGACCUGUCGGGAGCGCUGCAUAUACCAGACGAGAAGUCAAUAUCUAUGAUAUACCAGCUUCUUGAUACCGAAGGCUUGUACCUAGGCGCUUCCUCAGCACUGAACGUGGUUGCAGCUGUGGAACUCGCACAAAAGCUAGGCAAGGGCUCCACAGUUGUAACUGUACUGUGCGACGGCGCAUACCGAUACCAGAGCCGUUUAUUCUCCAAGAAAUGGCUAGAGUCGAAGAAGCUAGCAGAUGCUAUACCAGACAGUCUGAGGAAGUACGCAGUUCUAGAUUGAUGUUGAUCAUUGAUGUUGCAUUAAUCUACUGUGCUGUUCGAUCUUGUCUCCCCUCUGGGAAUGUCGAGGCUGAGAUAGUCGUAUUUUGAAAGAUUGCCAACCGCCUCGUUGACGAUCUUCUGAACUCUGAAUAUCCAUCAAUUUAAAAGGACAGCGG